CAAGUUUUGAACAACUUUGUUCUUGCAUUGAUAAGUUUUUUUAAUGGAGAAUAACAAGAAGGUUGCUUGUUCAUGGUGGUUGGGCAAACAUAUCGAUUCCAAUCAAUCUCCAUGGCUUCAAGCUAUUCUCAAUGAUUUGGACGACAAAAUGAAGGCUGUCGUAUCACUUAUUAUGCAAGACGAUGGAGAUACUUUUGCUCAAAGAGCGGAGAUGUACUACAAGAACAGAACUCAACUGGUUAAAAUGAUGGAAGAGUUUCAUAGAUCAUACCGUUGCUUAGCGGAACGAUACGAUCGGUUAAGGCCUGAAUCGGAUCAUGCAUCUACUUCUUUAAACUCUUUCAUUAACGUGGAAAGCAGCCAAAACAUAGAUAGCAAUGGGGCUAAUGGAGACAGUACUUCCAGUACUAGUGAUCCCAAUCCAGCAACAUCUGUACAUGCUGCCGAAGAUCCUGAAUCCAAAACCGUGGAACAUGGUUCACAUGAUGCUCAAUGCGAAACUGAUAACGAUGACGAAAAGGAGAAAUGUGGGAGACAGAUUGCUGUGAGCUGCUGCGAAAACGGCAAUUUGUGGUUUGAUACGAAAAUGCAAGUCUCAAAGCUGAUUGAAGAAAAUAUAAAACAACAAUCGGAGUUGAUAAGACGAAACAAUGAAAAGAGAGAAGCCAUUAAAGACCUUUGUUUGCAACUAGACAAAUUAACUGAAGAAAACAUGAUUCUUCGGUCUCGCAUUCCAAACUUGAAGGGAAGGCUUCUCGGAGUCCUCUUGGGUUGCCCAUCUAGGAAGGAAUAG